CGCUUAGGAUGGGCGGGCCCAGGCUACUAGUUACCAACUACCACCAGCUCCAAGACGAAAAGGAAGAGAGAAGACUGGUCUUCUGGAAGGAUCAUGUACCAUCUGCCUGUCUGGAGAAUGGGGAAAAGCUGACCUGAGUCUAUGGUGGGGGGAAAAAGGGAUCAGUUGUCCAUUGGAAAGAUGAGGAAAGCAAUGCCAGUAUGCUGUUUGCCUCCAGUGAGGAGGUUCAUUGUACCACUUAUGGUCAUGGGCUUGAUUUCCAUUGGCAUUCUAAAACUGCCUUUCUUCAAUACUAAUCCAAAACCUGUCAGGAGGCUUGUUGAUCCCAGUCAUCGAGAGCGUGUUCAUUCGUUUGUCAGAAGUGUGUUGUCCCAAGAAUGCAGACCAUCUUUUACAAGAAGGAAGAUUGAGAGCAUGUAUUAUACUUCCGUGCCUGUGGCUGAGCCCUUCUUACAAAAAAACAGCAACUUAACAGAACAUAUGUUUGAGUAUCCACCACCCUUUGGAUUUUGGAAUCUGCAACACAAGCUAAAAGAAGUCCUGGAUCUCCUACCCAUUUCCUUGUCGGAGGAUACUGGAGGGCGUGAUUGCCGUCGAUGCGUUGUAGUUGGCAAUGGUGGCAUACUUCGGGGACUGGAGCUUGGUUCUCUCUUGGACCAGUUCAGUGUGAUCUUAAGAUUGAACAGUGGCCCAGUGAGGGACUUCAGUAAAGACGUUGGAAACCGUACUACUUUCAGGAUGAGUUAUCCUGAAGGCAGCCCAAAGAUAUGGGAAGAUAUGGACCCUCAGCUUCAGUUUGUUGCUGUCAUUUAUAAAUCUGUUGAUUUCAACUGGCUUCGUGCUAUGAUCUCAAGAACAACAGUCUCACUCUGGGACAAGUUGUUUUUCUGGCAGAAGGUACCCGGUAGCAUUCCAGUUGAUCCUUCAAAGUUCCGUAUACUGAAUCCUGAGAUCAUCAGGGAGACAGCUUUGGAUCUUCUCCACUACCCAAAUCCUAAGCCUCGACCGUGGGGCUGGGAUCAGAAUAUUCCUACCUUAGGGGUAUCUGCUGUUAACCUGGCGACCUACUUGUGUGAUGAAGUCAGCCUAGCAGGCUUUGGCUACAACCUUAGCCAGAAGGAGACACCACUGCAUUACUAUGACAACCUACCUAUGGCUACUAUGUUGAAGCAAGCCAUGCACAAUGUGGACCAAGAGACAAUUUUUCUCCAGAGAUUGGUUGCAGCUGGCAGCAUUUUGGACCUUACAGGGGGGUUAAAUUGUAGUUUCUGUUUAACAUAAAGCCAGUUUGCACAAAUGUUGGGAUAUUUUUGACAGCCCAAAGACAGAAUACAGUGCUUUCAUUGCAAUUAAUACAUGUUGUCAUUUAAUUUCUUUUGCAGUUUUUAAAACCAUUUUGUUUCAUUUAUAGCUGAUUGUGUUCUGAUCUGUUCUGAUACACUGGUUGUGAACGGUGUAUUUUAAUCAUUGUAUUUUUUAAUAACUAUCACUUAUUUUCAUUACUAUACUUAAUAUUUUCAAAUUUCACUCAAUUUUAUAUGUACAUAUAUGCACGCAAGAACAUGUGUACAUACACCAUCUACCUUCAUAGGGACAGCUUUGUGAUGUUUUGGCUGUGAUGCAGGUGUAAGGUAUUAGGCUUGUCUAGGAGUUACUCAAAAACCAUUUAAUAUUCAGUACAUGUUCGUUGUUUCUGUUCAAUAUUACUAUGAUUUCUGUGUCUACUACAAGUACACACAACAGAUAAGACGCUAGAGAAAAUGAUGCUCUAUGUUGAGAUUAACUUGAUGCUGUCAUUUGAGUGGAGUAAGGGCCUCUGCAUGCUCUUGCGACAAGGCUUUCGCAGAUAGCUUUUCGCAGACAGUUGUAAUUUAUCGUUGAGCGGGGAGUAAUAGGCGUGCGCGAUGUUAUUCACCGCCACAACGCAAGGGGGCGCGAAAUUGCUAGGAGUAGUUGGUGGGUGUGGUUAGUGGAGUGUUUAUCCUCCGGUUACUUAUAAUGACUAGAACUGGAGUCGUAUAGAUGUACGAACUUCCUCACUUCCUCGAUCAACCGCUCUUCGUGCUGCUCCAUCUUCGCUCGUGUUUUUAAAAAUGGCGGUAGUUAAACCAAACCGGGAAAGUAGGGAAGCGGAAGUGCGUGUACAGCGGAUGUAGAGUGGACCAAUCAGAGCCCUCUUGUCUGCGACGCUGUCUGCGAGGCUUCUGCGGUGGUCACAAUUUUUGGGAGGUGCGUGCAGAGCGUCUGCGAAGGUGGGGGGGGCUACGCAGACGCCAUCUGCGACGCCAUCUGCGAGGACUGCGUUUUCAGCAUAAAUUGGCCUUUAGUCAGGCAUUCAAGGGAGCAGUAAUGCAUCUUUUGAUGUUUUGGUGAUCCUGGCUAUGAUCGAAGCCCUGAAAUCUCCUUUUAUGCUCUAACUGCUUCUUUAAAAGACCAUCUUGUCUGAUAAUGAGGCUAUAUGGAAAAUUAGCAGUGGAUCCAGGACACUAUGCUAGCUAUUAAUGAUUCAACUAAACUAGCCAGUUUACAAAGCAGUCUGAUUAAAAUUGAACAGAAGCCAAAGAAAUGACCUCAGACAGUUGAGGGAUCCAGUCUUGAGGACUACCUUCAGACCAACUUUCCUAAAUGGAGACUGUUUCUUUUGUGUUGCUGCCUUAUAGAUGUAUGAUGACUAGUCCAAAAAAAAAAAACCCUACCCUGUAAUUUUCUGUCUACUGAGAUUUUCAGAUAGGCAAGCUAUUCCAAAAUAGAUUCACACCAGUGAUCAAAAAAAUUCAAAGCCACUAGGCUCCAGCUUUUUUCCAUGUACCCUGCAACCAUGAAGUUGACACAAAGGCUGUCAAAUAAUCUUCAGUUCCCUGGUUGAUGUAGAUAACUUCUUGUAGUCACUGAAUGUCAGUGCAUCUAGAGACCCAUUAUCUGGACUCUGCCGGUGAGGUCCAAGACCCUGGACUCAUUGAAACUUCUAUUCCAUGGAAAUGUACUAAAUGUAUGCUCAGAGUCUGAGUGUUGUCUUCACGUGGUUUAUGUAGGCAGGAAGAGUCAAUGCCACAAAUAUAAAAACACAAGGAACACUCCAUUAUACAUCUAUGAAUAAGUACUAGCUAGUAUGCUAGCUCCUUUACCCACAGUGUAUUAUGUAUGAUGAUACAUAAUAAACACUUGAUUGUACACAGGCAAAAGGCUUUAGUUGGAGGAGUUUGAAAAAAGUUAAUUAACAAAAUUAGGGAGAAAGACCCAAUACAGACAAAAUGACUUUAUAGGGCUGAUAAUACAUGUCCUUAGUUAAAACACCUGAAGUGGAACUAACGCUAUUAAAAUUUUGCAUUAUAAUUCUUUGUGAAACAUCUCCAGUGUGCACACUAAUCUUUCUAGGAUGCAGGGUAGCCUAAUUGUGUUUUCUACAAGAGCUACAAGGAGUGUAUCCAGCUGGAAGUAGAUGGCUUUCAAUUGCAGAUUUGGCCAACGAUUUCCAGUGCACAGAGAUUCACAGUUACACGGUUUGCAUUUUCAUUCAAAAGCAAAACUUACGUUUGAACAAGGUUAGCCCAGGGGUAUCAUAAACCCAGCCAUAUUCUCACCUGCACUCAAAGACAGCCUAGAGGGAUUAAAAUUACCAGGAGCGAUGGUGUUAUAAUAUGUAGACAAUAUUUGAUCCUCUACUAAACAAGCCUGUGAAAAAGACCCGAAGAAAGUAUUGCACCACUUGGCUGAAAAUGGUAACAAGAUAGAAGCUGUUCAAAAUACUGCAAAAUUACUGACAAAAAGGAAAACAGGUUAAAUCAUACUUUAAAUAUAGCAUUACGUUACAGGUAUUUAGCAGAUGCACUUACCCAGAGUUUCCUGAGGGGCUAGGUACUUUGCUCAGUUGUAUUUCAGCCAUUCCUGCUGGUCCAGGAAGUUGAACUGGCAACCUUUUGGUCCCAAAGCUGCUUCUCUAACCAUUAGGCCAUGGCUUCCCCGUUAGGCCAUGGCUUCCCCAUAAACCACAGCAAUUUAACAUAAGCACAGAACAUACCAUAUGUUUUUUCAAACUGUAUGUUUACAUAGUUCGUUUGUAAAAAUAUAUGUACAUGUACACAAGCAUACAUGUUAUAUAAUGAACCAGCAGAAAGUACUAACAGAACUUAAGUGAAGGUAUGUAAAUGUUUGUUUGAAAGGUAUGUAUAAUAAAGAUUUAUGGGGCAAAAGGUA